GAGAGGUCAAGAAAAGUGAAGAUCAAUGGUGCACUGUGUUUGUAAAUAAGCAUUGUAUUUUAUAACAACAGCGGGAAACAUGGAUACGGCAGGACCGAUUACUGCAAGCGAAAAUACAAAUGAAAAGCAAGGAAGGAACGGACAGUGAAGUACACAUUUCAAAAUCAUUUCCCAGUUCAUCUGCUCAUUUUUGAAAAUCAUGUUGAGAAUAUCUGAAUGCACCUCCUGUGAAAACACUCUUGUGUGAAAUGAAAUACUUGUGUAUGUAAUUAGAAAAGGAAGAUAUGAAUCAUCAGGUGAUGCAUCAGCAAGGUUGUCUUCUCCUUCGAUAUGCAAGCCAGAAUUCUCUUGAUGAAAGCUCUCAAAAACAUAUACCGUACCCAGGAAGCAAGGAGAAGCCACCCUACAGGAACCAUAAUCACACACAGAGAGCAUUUGAUGUAAUGAACGUUAUGAGAAAGCAGAAUUUACUUUGCGAUGUGACACUGGUAGCUGACAGUGUUGAAAUUCAUGCACACAAGAUGGUUCUUGCAGCUUGUAGUCCAUACUUCUAUGCUAUGUUUAAUUCCUUUGAAGAGAGUCGACAGGAACGAAUAACACUUCAAGGCGUGGAUCCAGCAGCCCUUCAACUACUGGUUGAUUAUGUAUACUGUGCUGAAGUCCAUGUCACAGAGGAAAAUGUGCAGGUUUUACUGCCAGCAGCAAAUUUACUUCAGCUGACGUAUGUGCGAGAUGCUUGCUGUGACUUCUUGCAAGCUCAACUUCAUCCAACCAACUGCUUGGGAAUCAGAGCUUUUGCUGACCUCCAUGGCUGUCUGGAGUUACUAAGCCAUGCUGAAACAUAUAUUGAGCAACACUUUCCUGAAGUAGUAGAGUGUGAAGAAUUUCUAACUCUUUCUCCUCAGCAAGUGGCAAAACUGAUUUGCAGUGACAGACUUACAGUUCCUUCAGAAGAAAAGGUGUUUGAAUGUGUAGUGGCGUGGGUACACCAUGAUCUUGAGUCAAGGCGUGCACAUUUGGCAGAAUUAAUGGAACAUGUGCGUCUUCCACUCUUGUCACAGGAGUACCUUGUUCAAAGAGUUGAAGAGGAACCUCUGCUGAAAGCAAAUCUUCAGUGUAAAGAUUUUUUAAUUGAAGCAUUAAAAUUCCAUCUACUUAAAGGUGAACAGAAGUUGUUGUUCAAAAGUCCAAGAACGAAACCCAGACAGCCAGUUGGUCUUCCAAAGGUUUUACUGGUUGUGGGAGGGCAAGCACCCAAAGCUAUUCGAAGUGUAGAGUGCUACGAUUUUAAAGAAGAACGCUGGUAUCAAGUUGCUGAAAUGCCUACACGCCGCUGCAGGGCAGGGCUUUCAAUGAUUGGCGGCCGUGUUUACACAGUUGGAGGUUUUAAUGGCUCGUUAAGAGUUCGUACUGUGGAUGUUUAUGAUGCAUCAUUGGAUGAAUGGUUCACAUGUCCAAGUAUGGAAGCUCGACGCUCUACCCUAGGAGUAGCAGUUUUGCACAAUUGUAUCUAUGCUGUUGGAGGUUUUGAUGGGUCUACUGGUUUGAAUUCAGCAGAAAUGUAUGAUCCUAGAAACCGUGAAUGGAGAAUGAUCGCACCCAUGUCCACAAGACGGAGCAGUGUUGGUGUUGGCGUCGUAAAUGGGUUUUUGUAUGCUGUUGGUGGCUAUGAUGGUGCUUCAAGACAAUGUUUAAGCUCUGUUGAAUGCUAUAAUCCUGAAAUAGAUUCUUGGUCACCAGUCGCAGAGAUGUCUGCACGGAGAAGUGGUGCAGGUGUUGGAGUUCUGGAUGGAAUUUUGUAUGCUGUUGGAGGACAUGAUGGCCCAUUGGUACGUAAAAGUGUUGAAGCCUACAACCCAGAAACACAGAGAUGGACACCAGUUGCUGAUAUGGCGUUAUGCAGAAGAAAUGCAGGUGUGGUCUCGUUGAAUGGUCUGCUGUACGUGGUGGGUGGAGAUGAUGGUUCAUCAAACUUGGCAUCUGUUGAAGUCUAUAACCCAAAAACGGAUUCGUGGUCAAUGCUCCCAUCCUCAAUGAGUAUUGGGCGCAGUUACGCUGGUGUGGCAAUCAUUGACAAGCCCAUGUGAAGACCAGCCUCAGCCCACUGGCUGCUGGUGCUGCUUCCGCCUUGGACCUCAGGCCAUGCAUCUCCUGACAGGCGGCUGGUCCGCGUGCUGCUGCGUAGGAACUGUGGCCACAGUGAGGGUAGUUGCUCAUCAGAGUGAUAUAACAUGAGGGCUGCAGGACAGCACCUGUAUGUUACUAUGAGGAGUGAAUUGGUCUGUGAUGUUCUUACCGUCUAUUCUGACAUUCUGUGAUCCUGCAUAAACAGCUGUGUGUGUUCUAUUUGGUUUUGAAUCUCCAUAAUGUUGUAAACAGUAAGGCCAUUUGCACUUAACAAGAGUUCCUAUGCAGUUGUAAGUUAUCUAAUAUGAAAGUCCUGUAUUGUUACAGUCCCAUCUUUCUGUUCAGGGUAAAAAAUAAUUAUUGCUGGUAUAUUGGCAUUUGUUGUGGUCUUAAACCAACAGCUUCAUUUACAUUUUGAUAUUUUGUUCUUUUAUUAUAUUUCUUUUUUAAGUAGUAGUCAUAGAGUGGUGGAAAAAUGUUCCCAUUUAGAGAAACUUUUCUCCCUUGAAGUACAAAUUAUCAGAGCUAUCCCUGUGAACCUAGGCUAAGCAGUUGCAGCAGGAGUGAAAUGAAGUUCAUAUAACACUCUUUGAGAUAAUCUAUCAUAGUGAUUAGCAUUAAAAUAUCUUAGUCUUUUUUUUACUAAAAUAGUUUUCUACAUUCCAUUGUAAAUUUGUAAUUAAAUUUGGGUAAAAUGUAAGCUGAAUGUCAAGAAUGGGAUUACAGUGUACAAAAGACUGAGUAUAUAAUAAAUGUGAGAAACAGUGUCAUUGCUGUGUGAGGCAUAGAACGCUAUCUUUUUUCCAAAGUUGUAACUUUAUAGUGUUUAAAAACACACCAGCUAUUUUUUAAAACUGUGGCCACAUUGGAAUAAUCAGUGGAUUUUGCAGAGCUGCCCAAACAUUUAUUUGUAAUUUUUUUCUUUAUAUGUUUUCACAAUUUUACUACUUUAUUUAUAGUAAACGCUUUGCCAAAGCUUCAUAAUUAACAUUAAUAGAUUGCUUUACUCUUGAAAUUUAAAAACCAGUAGUUAGUGGGUCUAAAUUGUAAUAGAUAUAUUGGGAAUAGUUCAAAUGAAAAUGUAUUAAUCAGAAAAAGGAAUCACCUUCAGGAAUUGUUGUCAAAUGUGGUAUGUUCAGUGUUGAAAUUCAGUGUGUAUAGCAUGUUUCCUGUUGCUGGUCAGCAUUGGUCUUGUUUUGUACUCUGCUUUUAUUCAGAUUUGUACUUUUAAUUUUUUUAUAUUUUUACAAAUAUUUUGUUUAUUUUGAUUAAUAUUGAUGAAAUAGUGAUUGCCUUAAUUUGAGUUUGGUUUGCUUAGGUGCUUAGUUGUAGGUUUAGCACUACAUCAUUCUAGCACAUGUCUGUGGCCGUUUAUGUAGACAUAAUGUUUGUAACAAGACUGUGUAAAAUUUAAAGUCUCCAAUUCCAACCCAUUCCUCAGUACUGAGGUAAAAGCAAUCAUCACAACACAUCAAAUAAGUGUUUAUAUGUCUUGUAUUCUGUUAACUCAGACAAUGACCAAUACGAUAAGGAAUAGUAUUAAGUUUAUAGUCUUUGUAAAGGACAUAUUACAACUAAGAAUGUGUGAGACAUCGCAUUUACAGGAGUCAUAACAUUUUGAAUUAAGUUAAUGAAAACUCAUUCACACUAUUUCUUUCACUACCAGACAAACUAGUUAUUGCCAGGUGAAUCUUGGGCAGGUCACAUUAGUGUAGUAGUUUACUGGUACAUUUUUUUACUCGACUUAGAAAGAUGUUGUGAAUUAUUUUUCCCAGUGGAUGUCUCUUUCCUUUCUGUCUCAUAAAGAAUCAGUUUAUUUAGUUCCCAGAUGCUGUUAUUAAUAUUCAUUUUAUUAUUCCCUUUAAUUUAUUUUGUUUUAAAAGAAUAUUACAUAAGAAGGAAUGUAGCAGUGUCAUGCAUGUGAUGCAUUUAAUAAAAGUGCUUCAAUGUGAUUGUUCAAAAUCAUUCUAAUCAUUCUAAUAUGUUAUUUGCAAUGUUCUUAAAGUAUAGAUCAUUAACUUGGGGAACAAAAUAAAAAAAAAAUCACCUUAUUACUAAAUGAAUCAUACAAUCACCAACCCAUACAAAGAGAACCUAAAAAUUUGUUGUUGUAUGAAAUACUUAAAUAUUGCAGUUAUACUUCUGCCGUAAAAUGAAAUAAUCAAACACAUUUCAUUGUUGUACUUGGAGACAACUGUGUAAUAAAUGGUAAAGUGUAACAAUAUUAAAUGUUGUAAUAUGCUGCGCUGAAACUACUUCAGAAGUGAAAUUAGCUGUAUGUGUUAGAAUGUAGAAAUGUAGCUCUCACUGUUUCCAUUAACUUUGGUGUAAUGACAUAAAAAUGUGAUACAUUGGACACAUUUUAAAAAUUCCUGAAAUUAGAAUAUAGCUAGAAUGUAUUUUUUGAUGUCCUCUUCUUUGAUUUGUUUUCUGCCUGUACCUGUAUAGUUAAUUAUGAAACAGCUCCCUUGGCUAGAAGACUGCCACUACCAUCUUUUUAAAAACAACUGGUGAUAUAUUUUGGUGGAUUAGUGUGCUAGAUGAUAGAUUAUACCUAUUUUAAAUUAAAUGACAAUUGCUUAUUAUUGCCAGUGGAUUUUGUAACAUUUGAUGUGAAAUAAAGAAACUGGAGCUUUU